GCGUGCGCGCGUGUCUCACUCCCGAUGGCGAAGGGAAAAAGAACGCGAUGGGCGGCGAGGCGGCGCUAACGGUGAGCACAUCUCUCCGUUAAGUGAGUGCUGGUCCGCUGACUGCUGGUGGCAGGUCUGGACAGGGUGUGCUCUCGGGUUGUUUCUUUUUUGUCAUUCUGUGUGAGUGUGUGUUCGCGGGACACGGACGCCGUCAGCGCGAACAGCGAUGAGAAGAGCGAGAGCAGUUGGCCCGUCCACACGGGAGCAGCUCGUCUCCAGCAGCCGGUGACACGGGGCCAGCCGUCGGUCGGCUUCCCCCGGCGACCGUUAGCUUCUGUUAACACAUUCUUCUUUUUCUUUUUUUUUUCUCGCUCAUAUUUUUUUAAAAUAUUUUUAUUAUUGUUUCCUGUUUUGAAUCGACUCGAGCCGUCGUGAAGGAUGUUGACGGGAUCCAAAACCACGUUCAAAGUGAGGCAAAUGCUCCCGGACAUCAAGGAGAGGAUGCUGAGUCAGAGUGGGGCGAACGCAAGGAGUCGAGAUGUGUUUGGACUGCGCUGCCUUCCAGGUGAGUGUGUACUUCAGAGAGCUGUUAUGGUGAGGAAGAAGUUGACCGCCAGGGAAGGAAGAGGUUGGCUGUCCGGGACCCUCUUCUGUACUCACUUCAGAGUGGCCUUCGUGCCCCAGGACAGUCCCAAAUCUGAUGACAAUGCAGACCCAGUGCUUUUAGGAGACCAUGAUGUGGCCUUGGCUUCUAUAGAGAAGGUCGUGGUCGUGGGCCCAAACAGGACGAAGCUGGUGACCCCAAACUCCUCGCUGAAGUUCACUCCAGAGGAGCUGGUGCUUUACUGUCGGGACAUGAGGGUCGUAUGUUUCCUGUUUGACCGCCUCACUCCUGACGCACAGGUCUUAGAGAUGACCUACACCAUCGCCAAGACCUACCAGCCUCUGAAACCAGGAUCGGUCUUAUCUUUCCAGAACGCUGCUCUCGGGAGCGUAGAAAUGAAGCAGUUUCUAAGCAACCGUCGCAGAGACACCCACAUGAACUGGUUUGAGUCUGCCUUGGACUGGGAGCAGGAGCUGGAGCGGUGCGGGGCCAGUGGCUGGAGAGUGAGCUCAGUGAACGACCGCUUUGAGAUGUCCACCAGUCUGCCCAGGUUCACCGUGGUUCCACACAGGGUUUUAGACACUGAGCUGAAGAAAAGCUUCGCCCACUUCAAUGAAGGACGCAUCCCUCGUUGGUGUUGGCGACACCCCAGAGGCAGUGAUCUACUGCGGAUGGCCAGUUUCCAGAACAACAUUUAUCAUGAGAAAGAUGACAUCAGAAACCUGGAGACGAUCCUGUUCGGUUGCCAGUCCUCUCUGUGUGUAGUGGUGGAGCUGGGCGAGGAGCUGCCGUCACCUGCCGACAUCCAGCUCGCACACAGCCGCCUGCGCGCCCUCUGUCUAGGAGACAUCUCCACAUCUGUGUCAGUGCCUGAUGACAAAUGGUUAUCUACCCUGGAAAGCACCCACUGGCUAGACUACACAAGGUCCUGUUUGAGGAAAGCUUCAGAAGUGGCCUGUUUGCUUCGCAGCGGCCACCUGACUGUGGCGCUGCAAGAAGCGGAGGACCGGGACACGAGCUGCGUGGUGUCCAGCGUGGUGCAGGUGAUGUGUGACCCCCACUGUCGGACGCAGCAUGGCUUCCAGAGCCUGGUGCAGAAGGAGUGGGUGAUGGCCGGCCACCGCUUCUACAGCCGCAUCAACUACCACCGCGACAACGACAAAGAGGAGGCUCCAGUCUUCCUGCUCUUCCUCGACUGUGUCUGGCAGCUGUGGUCCCAGUAUCCCUCUCGUUUCCAGCUGACAGAGGACUUCCUGUUGGCCCUGCACGACAGCAUCCACCUGCCACUCUUCUCCAGCUUCCUGGCCAACUGCCAGCGAGAGAGAUGCAAACGUUCCCAGAACCACGGGCAGUCGUACACGCCCGUCAACGGCUGGAGAGAGGCGCUUCAUCCCGACUCCUCCUCGGUUCCGGCCGACCCUCCUCUGCCCUCGGUGUGGGACUGGCCGCUGCAGUACAGCAAACGCAGACAAGAGUGCUUCACUCAGCCGGUCCCCCCGAGCCCACCACUCCAACCGCUGCUCAACGGAAACCUCAACACCAACCCAGACACACAAAAGGUGACUGACACCAUCCCCGGCUCAGUCUUCCUCCUCUCUCGAGGAACCUUCUCCUGUCCGGCUAACCUGCUCCCCUGGCGCAGCGGCAGUUCGGGCAUUUACAAGAAGAGCCACCGGAGGGCGCUGUCCUCCGAGAGCGUGCCCGGACUGGAGAGGCUGCUGAAGGCGUGGACCCUGAGCGAGUUUCCCCAGGGCCUCACUUCCACCUCUGGAUCUCAAGGACCGCUUGACCCCUACGAGCCAUUGCUGCCCCUCCUCAUGGGGCCCUGCAUGGGCCUGUGGAGGGAGUGCUACCUCCGGGGGGCGCUCCACGCACAGGCAUUCUCCCACCCUGCCUCCGCCAACCACCCCCACCCUGUGGAGAGACUGGCCAGGGAGGUGCAGCAGCUCAAAGACAAACUGGCACAGGUUUGUGGUGCUGCCGCCACCACCGCGGACGUGAACUCGCCCAUCAAGGCGGCCGAGCGUCGGCGGACCGACGCCAACCUGAACCAAAACACCAACAACGGCACCUUCCUCUUUCCGGCUUCGAGGCCUCACGGCGCGGGUGUGACCAGAGCGGCACCCCUCCCUACCUCCACCAACCACCAGACCUCCAGGGGCCCUCCGCCAGCCACGGCACCGCCGUCCAGGCCCGGCCACAGGGACAGCGGUGGAAGCAGCAAACACACCUUCCUGUUCGGGCAUUCUUCUUCAACGGAGGCCCGUCCUGACCAGCGCUACUACCCAGCACCCAAUAACGCCAAGCUGCCCAAGAGCAACGGAUCGAUAGCUUCCUGAUGUCCGGCCUUCGUCAUCACUGUCCUUGUAAAUGAUCCAGACUGUUCCACGUCCUGCCUGCACAACACAACACCGAACAAACCUUCCCCUGAGAGGAACGCAGACGUGCGUUUCCUGUCAAACCCUUAUUUGAUAAACCAGAGGAUGAAAACAUUUGGGUGGAGCACAGUGAACCGCAGUAGUAUGAAACAAUCAGUGUAAGAGCCCUUUACUCUGCUACUUAUCGUCUGUACUGUAUUUAAAAAGAAAUGUGACAACUCUUUUAUAUAUUUGUAAAAACAAAUCCUGGUAUUCAGUUUUCCUCUUAUUAAAUAUAUCGAGUUGCAGCGAAGCAAAGGAAGAAAAAAAAGGGGUUAAGGGCUGAAGAUGCUUAAUGAAGUACGAGAUGCAGUAUCUUAAAGUUGGGUAGGAGCUUCUAUCACACACUUUGUAAACGUCCCUUUAAGAGAGAAAGAGUCAGUGUGUAGUUUCCAUUUUGAGCUUCUUAUCCUCAGUGGGUUCCAGCGAACAGGACUUGAGAUAGUGCCGUCGUUGGGCGGUUGUCGAGGCCGGUGUGACAGGACACAAUGCAGUGAACACAGCUUUUCACUGGAUGAACCUUUUUCCUGUGGGACCAUCAGGCUGUUGUUGUUUUUUUGGCCGUUUUUUACCACAUGCUCUUUAUAUCAUUGUCAGGCUGAUGUGCAAAGGAUUCAUUUCCUAAUUCAGCUCAUAGAAAAGUCGACUAUUGUUUUGAGAGAAAGAUCAUUUCUGAAAACCCUCAUAUUUUUUUUAUUUUUAUUUUUAGCUGCAGGCUCUGACCAGUGACUUCAGUGUGGAAUUUGGGGCAUGCGAGCUAUUUUGGUUCUGCUCUCAUCUCAUCUCUCUCCACUCCGCCUGCAGUGAGAGGCCUAUAUUCACUCCGAUGUUACGUCUGGAUCAUGUGGCCACAGUCACCAAAUAUUACUGUGGUUCUAAUUCCAGGGCUUGUUGAAACAUAAUCCUGUGUAAACAUUAGCACUCCCAAGUAUUUUUGAUGUCAUGUAGAUAAAGUGGGAUUUCUUUACCAGAUUUGAGUAUUACAUUGAGGGUUAUUCCAUCAGUUUGGUGCAAUUGAAAACCUAAAAUAUUAUUUUUCUCAUUACCGUACCUUGAGAAGGUAGCAGUGCUGGGAGCAACGGGAAGCUUAUUUCCCUCCUCUUUAUUUGUCUCGUCUGGGGGAAUGUGUUAGUAUGCAGCCGGCAUUUAGGUCAAGGACUUGGAAGUGUCUGACUGUAUUUAAUUCACCGUCCGGUCCUGCGCCUUUAAAUCCAAACAGGUUGUCGUUCGCAUGAUGUGGAAUGUCGAGCAGAUGCACCAGCGUUGCUCCCACGGACGGAUGACAUUAUAUUAUCAUGUAUUUUUUUUAAAGCAUGUUAUUCUAGAUAGUGCGGGGCAGGAUACCAGUAGUCAGAUGCGACUGAUUCCGACCUUCUCUCAUGUCUAAAGGUACCUCACCUGAUAGCACUAUGAAUUAUUCAAUUGUUGUAAAUAUUUAUCGAUAUUGAUAUAUGAUUCAUUUUCAGAGCUUUCCAGGUGCGACAGCAACGCUCGUCUUCCGUAGGAAGAAAAGGGCCAUCUUUGUCCUGUUGCAUGGAAAACUGAACUUUUGACCUUCUGCUCACACCUGUUGGUCUGCGUCCUCCUUUAAUUUAAUGUUUUUUGGUACGAACUUCACUUCAAAUUGCCAGAUGUACAUAUUUUUUGUAUCAGCAUGUUUUGAUCCUGAUAAAUAAAAAAGUGUUAUCGCUUCAUAAACUCUUCA